GCAAUGAUAUAUCUUGCCUGCUGAGCACAAUUGAUAAUGCAGAUCGGUAGUACUAUUUUAAGACAGCUAUCGGUAUCAGACUGGAUGAUAUUGACCUCCAGAAGCUUAAGUUGCGCACCAGCCCUCCUCGCCCUUGUUUCGAAUAGGUCUUUGUCUCACUCAAGUGAACAGGCUUUGCAUCUUCGUAUUAUCACUGUGAAGCAGUCUGUCCCUUUGUGGGUUUUGAGGCCAUGAGCAAGAGCCAGCCAG